UAAACACUUGUCCUGUAGGUGUAGCCCGUCUGGAUACACGUUCUUACGGGCAACUUCUUGUGGAGUUCCUACAACACGGAGAUCUAAAAAGCCAGAAAAACUGACAUUUGAUUUAACAUUACCUCAAAGACGAGUCACAACAACUUACCUCGCACUGAAGGGAACUAAAAGCGGACAUUAUGCGAGUUUUGUCGUGAAUCCGCCGACAUGUUCUCGCGGGGCUCGAAGAAACGGCGCUCCAAUCGCUCGACUGAGGCUGAGGAUCCGGACCGAGGUCAGCCAUGUAUGCGCUGUGGAGAGCAGUGUCCUGGCUUCCGCAUGCACGGAUGGAGGAAGAUCUGUGUGCACUGUAAGUGUGUUCGUGAGGAGCAUGUGGUGCGCUCGGUGCCCGGCCAGCUGGAGAGAAUGAUGAUGAAGCUGGUGUCCGACUUCCAGAGGCACUCCAUAUCGGACGACGACUCGGGCUGCGCCUCGGAGGAAUACGCCUGGGUGCCGCCCGGGAUCAAGCCUGAGCAGGUUUAUCAGUACUUCAGCUGUAUUCCUGAGGACAAGGUUCCCUACGUCAACAGUCCAGGAGAGCGAUAUCGUAUCAAGCAGCUUUUGCACCAGCUGCCAGCCCAUGACAGUGAGCCUCAGUACUGCAACUCUCUGGAUGAAGAAGAGAAGAAAGAGCUGCGGUUGUUCAGUCAGCAAAGGAAGAGGGAGAAUCUGGGCCGGGGCAUUGUCCGACUCUUCCCGGUCACUAUGACUGGAGCCAUCUGCCAACAGUGUGGCAGGCAGAUCUGUGGCGGAGACAUCGCUGUGUUUGCGUCGCGAGCAGGUCAUGGCUCCUGCUGGCAUCCGCAGUGUUUCCAGUGCGCCUCCUGUAAUGAGCUGCUGGUCGACCUCAUUUACUUCUACCAGGAUGGACACAUCUACUGCGGACGGCACCACGCAGAACGCAUCAAACCCCGCUGCCAGGCCUGCGACGAGAUCAUCUUUGCGGACGAGUGUACGGAGGCGGAGGGUAGGCACUGGCACAUGAAGCAUUUCUGCUGUUUCGAGUGUGAGGCAGCACUGGGCGGCCAGCGCUACAUCAUGAGAGAGAGUCGACCGUACUGCUGCCGCUGCUAUGAGUCUCUGUAUGCUGAAUACUGCGACACCUGCGGAGAACAUAUCGGCAUAGACCAGGGUCAGAUGACGUAUGAGGGCCAGCACUGGCAUGCGUCUGAGCAGUGUUUCUGCUGCGCCUGCUGCCGGCUCCCUCUGCUGGGCCGGCCGUUCCUACCACGCGGAGGACUCAUCUUCUGUUCCCGCUCCUGCUCGCUCGGGGAUGACCCGGAAAACUCAGACUCCUGUGAUUCGGCCCUGCAGAGCAAAUCACCAACACACAAACCGCUUCAGAGUCAGCAGCGCAGCUCCACAUCACGGCCACAGGGGGGCAGCAGCGACAUCAGCAUUCAGAGGACACCAACAGCUAAUGGAGGACCGUUUACACCCCAGAGCAAAGGCGUUCACACAUCAUUCCCUCCUCCAGUGAAUGGAGACCCUCCCCCAUAUGGAAGAACAAGCACACCACACCCUCUUCCUUCUUCUCAGCUCUGUCCUGUAGCCAAUGACAGAGCAGUUUCACUCAGCAAGGACCAAUCAGAGACUCCUAGUGCAGACGGGCCUUACAGUGCUCUGGAGUUUACAAUGGAGCUCAACGGAUACGCUGAAUUCGGCCCUUUCCCUCCAAGCUGCACUUCUAGAGGCACUUCCACUGUAAAGGAUUGUGGGAAUAUCAUCGAGAGCAGCUGUUCAGGCAUUUCCUCUCAGCUUGAGUCAUUUGAUGAUCUGAAUGACUCGGAUUCUUUCCCGCCUCCUCCACCGCCUGUGUUUUUCGACCCUACUGAUUCUCCGGACCCUUUGGCGGCAGUCACUGAAGCAGAAGAUCUGCCAGCAGCACCAGUACGCAGCAGCACAGCCAGAGUCAGCUUCAGAGAGCCCAUCAGCUGCAGCUACUCAGUAGAGGAGGGCGAGUGGGAGGAUGAGGACCAGCCGGAGAUGCAGAGACGAGACCGAGACGAGGACGACCAAGAGGAAGAUGGAGAGGAAGCUGAGGGGAGUCUAGGACACAGGCUGCGCAUUUGCAGUCAAGUACCGUCUCGAAUGGACCUGCUGGAUGGGUCAUACCACUGCAAUUUUCGGCGGGGGAGCGGAGGCCACCAUUCCUCAGAGAAGCGCUACAGACGAUCCCGGGGUUCACGGACCGACAGGCCUCGUCUGGAGACUUUGGAUGCUGAGCGACGGCGGUCUAGUAACAACCCGGACGGAAGCAGAAACACCAGCCUGACCCUUUACUCCAGUCGCUCCAGACACGAGGACUCCUGCUCCACCUGCUCCUCCUCCUCAGACUCAGAGGAGGAAGGCUUCUUUCUGGGCCAGCGCAUUCCUCUGCCGCCCCAGCUGACGGGACAGAGAGCAGAUGAAGGACAGACUGAGGACGAGGAGAAGAGCCGGAGAGGAAGCUUCAGGAGGAGGAGGAGGACGCAGAGUCUCGGCCAAAAAGACAAGGACAAGAACUGCAUACUGUCCUGA